AUGGAGAGUUCCAAGAAGAUGCCACCAAUUUGGCCUAAGGAAGUCGAACAUGCUCUCAAAUCGAUGAGGUUAGGGGGAAAACCAGGACCUGACCACGUAACCGUCGAAAAGUUGAUGGCAGCAUACCACACUCUUGAAAAACCAUUAGUGGAACUCUUCAAUGACUUUCUUGUGGAAGAGGAGUCACCUGCUAGUUUAUCGGAAUCAUCAACAUCGCUUCUGCUCAAGAAAGGAGAUCUUCUUGACAUUCGAAAUUUUCGCCCUAUCGCUCUACUUCCGACGAUAUACACGCUAUUUAUUUUAGUUACUGGACGGCGAAUGAGAUCCUCGUUAGAGAGUAAUCAACCUGUCGAACAAGCCAGCUUUCGUAGAAACUACUCCACCGUAGACCACAUUCAUGUCAUACGUCAGCUCAUAGGGAAAAGCACCCGAUUUAACAUCCCUCUAUACAUUGCGUUCAUCGACUAUUUCAUUCGAGGUGAGAAGCUUCCAUCGCGAAACGUCGGCGGCGUUGGUUUCAUCGAGCACUCAUCUGUCGUCCAUCUCGUCGAUUCUCACAGAUCUUUUCUCCUCGCUAUGCCAUCCUACGCCUACGACAUAUGCACCGACCAUCUCUAUCGUCAACUGCUACUCUCAGAGCUCUACGGCUGACGGAGUGGAGCUCGAUGCAUUUUACGACCAACUGAGGGAACAUCCACAGUUUACGAGAACUCCUUCUACAAACUGGUUGUUGAAAAUUUCAACGCUAGGCUGAGCGAAGCACAAGAGGAGGAGUUUAGGAUUGGCAAGUUCGGAAUGGGAGACGAGGACGAGAACGUAAACCGUCUACUAAACUCCUGUCAGCGGCUCGACUCUUCCAUGGAGAUUCUUCUUUCCAGAAGAAGGAACAUCGUCGCCAGACAUGGGAGUCUCCAAAUGGUACAACUGAUGCUGAACUGGACCACAUAUAAACAAACAGAAAGUGGUGCUUAUUAG